GCGACGUCAUUCGCAAUACUCCCGUUUUGAACCUCGAGUCCGAUACGUAACUUCGGAUUCGCACUACAUUUAAUCACAUCGCUACCCCUUUGGAGUCCCCCAACAAAUCUACAACCCACCACAAAAUGGGCGUUGAAGAGAAGAGCCGGGCGUCGGGCGACUCCCCUAGAGAUGCCGUCCUUCCCACCGUUAACCCAGAGGCCCAGAAGGCCCAGCCUCCGAAGAGUGCCAUCCACCCUGCGUUCUAUGUGAGCAUCUGGAUCGCAAUGAGCUCGUCCGUUAUUUUGUUCAAUAAAUGGAUUCUAUCCGCCAAAGGAUUCGACUUCCCGGUCGUUUUGACCACUUACCACUUGGCCUUCUCUACCAUCAUGACCCAGAUCCUUGCUCGAUACACCACACUGCUCGAUGGCAGGAAGACAGUUAAGAUGACGGGCAAGGUUUAUCUGCGCGCCAUUGUCCCGAUCGGUUUCUUCUUCAGCUUGAGCUUGAUUUGCGGCAACCUCACCUACCUCUACCUCAGUGUUUCCUUUAUCCAGAUGCUCAAGGCCACGACUCCUGUCGCUGUUCUCCUCUCCGGCUGGGCCCUUGGUGUGUCGCAGAUCAACAUGAGGGUUUUCCUCAACGUUUCUGUCAUCGUUGUCGGUGUCGUUAUUGCUUCGUACGGCGAGCUCGAGUUCGUCUGGUUGGGCGUCAUCCUCCAGAUCGCCGGUGUCGCCUUCGAGGCUCUUCGUCUUACUAUGGUUCAGCGUCUCCUGAGCUCCGCCGAGUUCAAGAUGGAUCCUUUGGUUUCGCUCUACUACUUCGCUCCCAUCUGCGCCCUCAUGAACGGCGUCGUUGCUCUUUUCUGGGAAGUCCCCAGACUUACCAUGGCUGACGUCGACCGUGUUGGCCUCUUCUACUUCUUUUUGAAUGGCCUCUGCGCUUUCGGCCUCAACGUCUCCGUUGUGUUCUUGAUUGGCAAGACUUCGUCGCUCGUCCUUACCCUCUGUGGUGUCCUCAAGGACGUCUUGCUCGUCGUUGCUUCUAUGGUCAUCUACGGCAGCCAAGUUACUCUGACCCAGUUCUUCGGCUACAGCAUUGCUCUCGGCGGUAUGGUUUACUACAAGCUUGGCGCUGAGACCAUCAAGAGCUACGCCGGCGAGGCUGGCCGCCAAUGGGCUGACUUUGGCAACCGCCGCCCCGUUCUCCGUCGCAUUUCAAUCAUCCUCCUCUCCGUCUUCAUUGUCUUCUCUCUGCUCGGCGGUUUCGCUCCCAACUAUGCUGCUGGAAUUGACCCCACCGAGUACCUCAACGAGGCCAAGUCUAAGAUCGGGAUGUCCGCCUAAGCUCGGAG